AUGCUAAGGCUCAGGGAUGAAAUAGAAACCAAAAAGCAGAAUGAAGGGCCGAGUCUGCUGGCAGCUGACUCUGAGGAGGAGCCCUCCAGCGAUGAGGCCAGUGACAUGGAGGACAACAGACCCUCUCUCCUUCCUCUCAAUGAGGUAAUAAGAGGUGUCCCCGGUUCCCUGUCAUCGCUACUGGAUGUGAUGGUACCACGACUCCAGCAGAGGUCUGGGCUCAAAGGAGUCUCACUGGAAGACCAGCAGAGCUUUGUGUCUAUUUUAGUAGGAGAGCUUUCCAGUCAGUUUUCCGACCUGAAAAACCAGAUUGAUGACCCCUUCCUGACUCCACAGGAAAACAAAACCCUGCACAGACUAGUUGCUGUUCAGGUGUGCAGGAUUCUAGAGGACUUGUACAGCCGGUACACAGCAAAGGCAGCACGAUUGUCAGAUGACGGAAGUCUCAGUGUGGCAGCUCACAUGACUAGACUCAGAGCGCAGCUGGCUGUCCAGGCCAAUAGGAGUAUCAACCUGGCCGUCAUCAGACGCCGGGUGCUGGACCAGUUGCGUGGUCCUCUCCCUACCACCAGGAGGGGUUCUCGCCAUCCUCGUGUCCCUCACUGGACACCUCCCUCAAGACCCCGGGGGAAAACCAACCUUGACUCCCUCAACCUCGGAGCUCCACUGUCCAAGAAGGGAGUGUUCUCUCUGAGUGCACAGGACAGUGCGGUGAUGAGGAGGAGGAGGGUCCAGAAACUGGUGGCUGCCAUGGCUCCUAUGACUGGACCCACGUCUACAACACUCACUGCUGGUUUUGGCAAUCAUUCUGAGACUGAUGAUGUCAGUGAUGCUGUGGAGCAGUCUGUGACAAGACCCUCCAGCACAGAGCCUACGUCGAAGUUGACCAGAGCUCCCUCGAUGCCAGAGUUGUAUGGCAACUUCCUGCUGUGUGACUGGAAGCUCCUGACGAGGACUCCCUACCACAUUGCUCUUCCCUCCUCCCACCAGUGUCGGGAGGACAGACACAGGGCACUCAGGACAGCCAGGAGAACCAGUAUUGGCAGUAAUACUGCCCAUGAUGGAAUAAAGUGGACGUCUGAGCCACCAAAAAUCAAGACAAAAUUGGGGGACUACACGCGAGAGGAUCUGAACUCUGACCUCCGCCACCUGAGUGAGGUGGAGCCUGCCUUUGUCCACUCUGUAGCACAGGACGACAUCCACCCUCUACUACAGGCUGCUGAGCAUGGUCUCAGUGAUAGACAGAAGAGUAGACUGGCAGCCCACGACCAGGAGAGGAGGAGGAGGAGGGAGGAGGAGGAGAGGAGGAGGGAGGAGGAACAGAGGAACAGGAGAGAGGCUGAGGCUUUGCCAACUCUCGAGGACAUGGAAAAGAUGCAAUACUUCAGAUCGCGAGCUCCUCAGAGUCUCUCUCGCUCCCAUGCCUCACUGCACGUGAGGUCCAAUGCCUCAGACUGCCAGUCCACCAGCCAACAUCCCAGCAGCCACCACUACCUCCUGGACCUGCACUCCAUGGGAGAGGGAAGUGUUGUGGUUGACCAGUGGUCAGAGGGAGGAGGAGCUCCCUCUCUGAGUGGCUCUCUCCUCUCAUCAGCUGGAGGAGGAGUCUCAGAACUCAGCUUCAGUCAGAGUGGACCAGUGGAGAGACAGAGUCUUCAUCAUCUCCCCACUGAUGAUGGUGGAGAGUCACACAUCGCCAGCCAUCACAGCAGCCUACACUAUGCAGCAAGUGGUCUUGCUACAGGUCCAAUGCCCUACCAUGGAUCAAUAAGUCGCCUGGAUAUGACACAUGUGUCGCGGCAUGGAUCUGUCAAAAGUGACAAGACUGCCUCCCAUCAUGGACCAGUGAGUAGUUGUCUUUCUAUCUCCCAGUGUCGCUCAGUGAGUAGUCAGCCGGACAUGAAGACCACUACUUCACAGCAUGGCUCAGUCAGUAGUUUUUUGCAGCAUGGAUCACUCGGUAGUCAACUAGAAACGGAGACCACCCCAAGGCUUGGAGGGGCCAGUGAUGUUGACACUGCUUCUUGGCGUGGAUCGAGCAGCUCUUUAGAGACUGCUUCACACCCUGGAUCAGCUAGGACUACAAUCACAGCUUCCCGACAUGCUGGGUCAGCUGACAAUGGUUCUCAGUAUCAGUCUGCCGGCAAUAUGGAACCUACUUUUCAGAGGCCGCCUAGUAUGGACAGUUCUUCAUGCAGUGGCUCAUCUAUCAGUACACUUGUUCCUUCGCAGCAUGGAUCAGCUAGCUCUAUAGACUCAACUUUGUUUCAGAACUCGGCCAGUAAAAUGGAACCUCCGUCACAGACUAGACCAGCUAGCAACAUGGACGUGCAAUCACCUGGUGGGUCAUCUAGCAAUGCUUCUUCACGGCUUAUAUCAGCUAGCUCCAAUAGUACUGUCUCACGGCAUGGAUCAGCUACUAGCUCUAACAGCACCGUCUCACGGCAUGUGUCAGCUGGCUCCAAUAGUACUGUCUCACAGCAUGGAUCAGCUACUAGCUCUAACAGCACUGUCUCACAGCAUGUAUCAGCUAGCUCCAAUAGUACUGUCUCACGGCAUGUAUCAGCUAGCUCCAAUAGUACUGUCUCACGGCAUGGAUCAGCUAGCUCCAAUAGUACUAUCUCACAGUAUAAGUCUUCCCCGUAUACACCUGCUGGUCACACAAAUGCUUCUUCCCACGGUGAAUCAGUUAGCAGUACUCCUUCACAGAGUAGAUCAGCAAGCUCUAUCGAUUCUGCCUCCUUCCGUGGGUCAGCUAUAAGGAUGGAAACUGGUUCACCCUCUACAUCAGCUAACACGAUGGACACUGUAACACGCAGUGGGUCAGUUCGGAGUACAGAGACUCACUCACUGAAUGGCUCAACUGGCAAUAUAUCCCAGUCCACAUCAGCCAUCAUGUUUACGUGUGGUGGAUCAGCCGGCAAUGUACUGACUCGUUCACAGCACGGGUCACCUAGUACUUCCGACACCACCUCACAACAUGGUUCAACUUUUACUUCUGGCAAGACCUCACAGCACGGAUCAGCUAACAACCUGGAGACUGUGUCACAGCAUGCGUCAGCUAGCAAUGUAGAUGGUUCAUCAGCUUCAAGGCCAGGGUCUGCUAGCACUCUAGGCUCUGAUUCACGAAGGGAAUCUUCAUCUGCUGGCAAGACCGUCUCACAAAGAGGAUCAUCUGCCAGCACUGUAAGAACUGUCUCGCGGAAGGGGUCUGCCAGGACUAGAGACAUUGACUCACAGAAGGGUUCAACUAGCUCUAUAGAGACUGCCUCGCAGCACGGCUCAGUCAGCAAAAUUGAGGCUGGUUCACAGUCUGUAUCAGCGACGGAACCUUUAUCUCAGUCACAGGAGGGAUCAACCACGCAUCUAGACACUGCCUUACAACAUGAGACAUCCAGCAGAAUGGAGUACUCGUCUGUUAGCCACGAGAGUGGCUCUUCACAUGGUGGAACAUGGUGCAGUCCUUCACAGCUUGGAUUAGCCAGCACUGUAGACAUUGCCUCACAGCAUGGCUCAGCUAUAGACAUUGCCUCACAGCAUGGCUCAGCCACAGAGAUGGAAACUUCUUCACGGUCCACUUCAGCCAGCAACAUGGAUGGAUCAGCUAGUGAUACACUCAUUUAUUCAAGGCAUGGAGGAGCUAGGAGUAUAGAUACAACUUCAUGGCGGGGAUCAAGACACGGUUCGUCCAGGGAGAGGGAAAGUGUCGUACGGUCACCAGCAGCUAGCAAUGUGGGGUUCUCUUCAUACACUACAUCAGCUACUAAUAUAGAGACUCUUUCGCAGCAUGACUCAGCCAGAAACACACCUUCGCGUCAUGGAUCAAUGAGCACCGACAACAUAGAGACAACUUCUCAAAGCAGACCAAUCUGCAACAGACUGAAUGAGGACAUUGUUUCGUGUCAAGGAACGGUCACUAGCCACCCCCUUCUACCUGACACUCCCCGAAGUCUGGGCUCAGGUAUCAGCAUCCCCUCACAUCAAAGCACUGUCUCCUCUGCUACACGAGCCACUCGCAACCCAGCACCACAGGAGGCUAGAAGCUCCCAAGCGUUGGGAAGAAGACCUGAAACUCUUUAUCCCCAACCUUCAGCCCAGGACACCAGCAACACUAGUACCACGUCUCAAAUCCAGCAGCAGCUCCUUCAGAGCAGUAAACUGUCUCUCACGUCUAGGCUAAGUGGAGGAAAUAGUCUGCCAGCUGUAGGGUCUGUACUAACAGCUGGGGCUAGUGGAAACAGGAUGGUGGAUGGAGGAGGGGAGGAGGUGGUGAGUAGUGGUGUGUUCCUCCCUGGGUCUCGUGGGAUGAAGGGAGACGAGGGGAGUAUGGGAGGGGAGGACACAAGUUGUGAGGGAGGUGAUAGCAGUGCUGGAUGGGAGAAUGGGGCUCUUGGGGAUGGCCAGUCGUUCUCAGACGUGAAGUCGUUUGCUGGGACCUCAUUCAGGAAGAGGAGAGAGAGACGCCAGAGAAGGGAGCCGGAGAACCAGGGACCCCAGCCUCAGCCUGCUGUCAUCACCUCCAUCAUCAAUGACCAGGUGGUCCGCAGCAGUGACAUGUGUGUGUCAGAGAGAGCACCCCUCACUACACUCAGACUCAAACCAUACAGACCCAUCUGGAAUGAGCUCACAGGAGAGUUGGACAGGAAGACAGUGGAUGAGAUGGACAGUAACCUGACGGAGGGACAGGAGAUGGAAAUCCUCUACCACGAGCUCAUUAAGACAAUUCCACAGAACUACCUCGACAUGGAGAGUGAGCCCUCACUGGUCCCAGCUCUGCCAGAGUCUGUGGACCUGUCCAGAGUCCUGGCCUCCAGCUCGCUACCCCACAGAGCGUCUCGCAGGGUGGCGAACCCUGACCUCCGCCCUGUCUCCACCCUGGAACCUCCCUGGGGCGACAAGACCAAGAGAGACCAGUGGAAAAACAGCAACCUCUACACUGGGCCAGAUCCAAAGGAACUGAUGGCUCCCAAGGGGAGCACCCUGACCCCAGCCCAGGCCAGACUGAGGCAGCAGUAUCAGAACUGGCUCAAAUGGUGGAGAUCCACCAUCUCUUGUGAUGACUACCUCAAGUUUGUGGCCCAGAAGGAGACAGACUACCUGCACCAUCUCUACCACCUGUAUGACUCAGAGGGUAGUGAGUCGGAGGGAGAGGAGGAGAGGGAGAGGAGAGAGAGACUUGUCAGGCUCCACUCCAAACUCCAGGCAAAGCAUGCGAGACGUGAGGAGAGGUACAGGAAAAAGACACAGUAUGAGCAGGGCAUGUGGAACGUCAACGCCGUCAUGAUGGGUGGGCUAGGGGGAGACCCCCACUCGUCAGGCUCAUCAAGUGAAGAAGAACUGGAGGAUCAGCUCUGGAAAUUGGAACAGAAGACAGAGGUACACAGCAAGAACACCUGCAACAUGGCAACAUUGGCUUUUCUCCCAGCCGGCCAUUUUAGUAUAGCUACGCAAAAUUCUCCGUCGCUUCAUUCAUUACUAUCCGCAACAACUGAAUCCCCUAUCUCUUUACCAUGAUGAUGCUGGGUGGGGGUUAUAUAUAUAGCAUUAUACAGAGAGUUAAUUACCCUUACUUUCCCAGACCUGGACUAUAUCACAGCAGAC